AUGGAGGAAGAGGACGAAGCUGGCAAAACGACAAAAAGCCCGGGCGGCAGUGUGGGCGGCACAGGGCAGGCGUGGGCGGAGGAUCGGCGGAGGGUGGUUGCGGCGGCGGUGGAUUGUCUGGGGUAUGUGAUUGCAGCGAGGGUUGCGGGCUGCGGCGACCCCAAGAACGCGUGGACGGCUGACGUGGCGGCGGGUUUUAAGGCGGUGUUGGAUCACUCUGUAGCGAGUCAGCCGAAGGUUCGCAGCGUGGCGCAAUCCGCCCUCCUGAAGCUUCUCAGCACCUUCCGCGCCUCUCCCGCCGCCCUUGCCGCUGCCUCCACAGCACUCGUCGAUUUCGCCGACGCCCUCAUCGUCCGGGCGCUCGCUCCUUCCAAGCAGCUCGAACAGCCACGUCAGCAGCCACGUCAGCAGCAGCAAUCGUUACAAGAGGCAGCUGCGACAUCAGCGGCAGCAGUGCUCCGUUUCAUCUCCUGCCUCCGCCCGCUGCUCCCGCUCCUCUCCCCUCCCUCCCUGCCACGUGUCACUCUCCGAUUGGUCGAGCUUCUCGAGAUUCGACACCCUCUUCUCGCCUGCCGUGUGCUGGACGCCCUCCACUCGCUUAUGUCAGCUCCAGCCCCGGCCACGUCAGCUGCAACGUCACCCGUCUCUAAAUCCCUCAUUUCAGAGGUGGUGGCGCGAUUGCUGAAGCAGGAGGGGGAGAGACAGGCGAUGGGGGGAGGGGCGGGCGGCGGGUGGGGGGCAGGGGGCGGGGGAGGCGCAGGGGGGAGGGGGAAAACGGAUGUAGCAGCGGUGCGCGCUCUGCUGGAGUGCGUGCGGGCGGCGUUGAUUCGUCUGCAUGCGAUGGACGCUGAGGCGUGCGUCAGCCUGCUGCCGUCCACGUUCUUCACUCUCAUUGACAACCUGGCGAGUGGGCACGAGGAGGUGGCAUUCGCCACAGCGGACUGCCUCAAGGCGCUCAUCUCCUCCUGCCUCGACGACAUUGCUGUCGCCGCCUCUGCUGGCGUCAGGGUGGAGGUGGCGUUCGCCACGGCGGACUGCCUCAAGGCUUUAAUUUCCACCUGCCUCGACGAUGCUGCUGUUGCUGCCUCUGCCGCUAUCGUGCAGCAGCGCCAGGCACAGGAAGGCGCAGGGGCGGAAGCAGGGGGAGCAGGGGGAGGGGGAGGGAAGGGGAAAGCGCCGGUGGAGCGGGUGUGUGUGGCAGUGGAGCGGGCGCUGGGGUAUCAGCAGGGCAGAGUGAGGAGAGAGGAGAAGCGUGGCAUGGAGGGAAGGAAGCAAGUCACGAGUGAGAGAAGGUGGCAAGGGGAAAGCGCCAGUGGAGCGGGUGUGCGUGGUGGUGGAGUGUGUGUGUGGCGGUGGAGUGUGUGUGUGGCGGUGGAGUGUGUGUGUGGCGGUGGAGUGUGUGUGUGGCGGUGGAGUGUGUGUGUGGCGGUGGAGUGUGUGUGUGGCGGUGGAGCGGUCGCUGUGUACCAGUUCCGUCCCUCCUCCCACCUGUUCCUCGCGCCAACCCUCACCACGCUGGCUGAUUUACACGACUUACCAGACACAGAGAUGGCUCACCGCAAGCACCUGCACGCUGCUCUCGGCGCUGCUGUUGCCGCCAUGGGUCCCUCCCGCUUCCUCUCCAUCCUCCCCCUUGGCCUCGACCCCGAACCUGCUCCCGCACCUGCUGCCGGACCUAGUGCUGCAGCAGCAGCAGGAGCAGGAGGAGCGGCUGCAGCAUCAGCCAAUCCCGCGGCGCCACGUGUCUGGCUGCUGCCAAUCCUGCGCCGGCACACUGCGGGCGAGUCGCUCUCCUUCGUCCUCACCGCCCUCCUCCCCCUCUCCCACCGCCUCCUGCUCGCCGCCCAGCAAGCCCGCUCGCCCCAGGUCGACCGGCCAAUCGCGGCCAAGCAGCUGGCGGCGCUGCGGGCGGCGGUGUGGUCGCUGCUGCCAGCUGUCGCCAGCCUGGCGCCCGACACUGCGCAGGUGUUUCCGCACUUAGCUAAGCACCUGGCGGAAGCAGUGGCAGCAGGAGGGAAGGGCGAUGAGGGCGAUGGAAUCCGGUCUGCAGUCUGUGUCACCCUGCAGCUCAUGGUGGAUCAGAACCGCAUGGCCAUGGGUCGUCCGCCCCUCUCCAAGCGCCUCACAGCCUUUGAUGGCCUCUCAGGUGCUCCCACCACCGCCCUUGCUGCUGCCAUCACGGACAGUGCUGCUUCUGACUCUGCUGGAGCGGCUGCUGCUGCUUCCUCUGCAGCACCUGAAGCAGAAGCAGCGUUCCGGGCGGCACUAGAGGACGACGACGACACCACCGACGCCGAGCGCCGCGCGUGGCGCCAGCUCACCGCUGACGUGGCAGCCGCCAACCUGGCGGCCAUGUCAGCAUCGGCGCGUCCCUUCCUCCCGAUGCUGUUUGACGCGUUCGUGGCGGCCCCAUCAGCCAAGAGGGGCGAACUUCAGAGCGCCAUCGGGGCUCUCGCUGCUGUGGCUGACCCGGCGGCCCUUCGACUGUUCUUCACCAAUAUCCUGAGCAAACUGCUCUCCGCUACAAAUGCUGCUGCCUCUGGUGGAGCAGCAUCAGGAGCCGCAGGGGGGGAUGCGAGCAAGGAAGCUGGAGAGAAGAGGGCCAUGCUGAUGGAUCUAUCGCUCUCCCUGCUACCUGGCUUGGACGUGGAGUGCUGCCGAGCGCUCUACAACGCAACGAGGCCUGCCAUCCAGGACAAGUCGGCUGCCGUGCAGAAGAAGGCUUACAAGCUCCUCGCAUCACUGCUUGAGACUCACCCAGAGCUCCUGAGCCAGCAAUCAGAGGUCGCAGCAGGAGGAGCAGAAGGGGCAGCAGCAGCAGGGAGAGGCGUGUUGGCAAGGGCGGUGUUGCAGGAGGUGCUGGUGGGAGUGGGACGGGUGCACUCGUCCAUACCUCUUCCGUUUCCUCCCAUCUUCCACCCACCCCGUCCUGAAGUGCAGACCCACCCAGAGCUCCUGAGCCAGCAAUCGGAGGCUGUGGCAGGAGCAGCAGGAGGAGGAGAAGCAGCAGCAGGGGGGGGCGUGUCAGCAAGGGCAGUGUUGGAGGAGUUGCUGAUGGGCGUGGGUGGGGUGCACUCGCCGUCUCGCCACUACCGCAUGAAGAGCCUGUCAGCCGUGCUGCUGCAUCUGGCUCAUUCCGAUGUCCCCGCUUUUCACGAGGCAGUGGCUGCCACUCUCACUGAGAUUGUGCUGUCCGUGAAAGAGGUGAACCGCAAGGCCCGGGAUGCAGCCUAUCAGCUCAUCAUAGCUCUCGCCAAGGAGAUGCAGCGACUGGCAGACGAGCAGCACGAGCAGAAAUUCUUGGCGGCUGGAGGGAUCAUGUACGGCGGCUUCAGUGGCGAUCAGUCCAUGGAUGGUGCUGGUUCCGCUGAUGAUGAUGAUGCCGAUUCACCCUUCCUCAAGUUCUUCACCAUGGUGAUGGCAGGGCUAGCCAGCAGCACCCCGCACGGCCAGAGCGCAGCAGUGAUGGCCCUGGCUCGCCUCAUCUUCCACUUCUCCUCCUCGCUGCUCCACCUCGUCCCCUCGCUCCUCCCGUCCCUCCUCCUCCUCUUCCGCUCGCCGCACCGCGACGUGCUCAAGGCGUGUCUGGGCCUGGUGAAGGUGCUAUCUGUGCGCCUGGAAACUGCUGACCUGGAGGCUCACCUGCCGGCGAUCAUGAGUGCUCUGCUGUGCACGAAUGAAAUCGUUGCAACCAGGUUCAAGGCCAAGGUGCGCAAGAUAGUGCAGCGGCUGGCGAGGCGAUGCGGCCAUGCGACGGUGGCAGCAGUGGUGCCGGAGGAGCAUCAGCGCCUGCUCACACACAUCCGCAAGGUGGGUGGGUCUCUUUCAGGGCGGACAGGAGGUGGCCCGAGCAGCCAAGGCCAAGGAGAAGAAGCGUGGUGGAACGGGGGAAAAGGGUGGGCUGGGGGGCGGGAGGUGGCCCGAGCAGCCAAGUCUAAGGAGAAGAAGCGCGGAGGAGCAGGGGCGAAGGGCUCGCAGGCAGGGGAUGGGGAGGAGGGGGGAGAGGGGAGGUCGACCAUGUCGGGCAGAAGCAGGGCGAGAACGAGCGACUGGAGCCACUCCAACCUCUUUUCCGACACGUCAGCGGACGGCGAUUUCAGCGAUGACGAGGAUUACAGCGAUGCUGACGAGGAUGAACGCAGCGUGUUCGGCGGCAAAUCACGCGCCGCCAAGUCAGCAUCCCGCCAGGACGGGUCAAAAAAGUCUGCGUGGUCGAACGCGCUCUCGUCCAGGGCAAGCAAGAAGGCGCAGCACGGCAGGCCGCAGCUGCACGAGCGGAUCACGGAGACAGGUGGCGACACGCCAUUGGACCUGCUCGAUCUAGCAGGCACACGCCGGGCCCUCUCUGCCCCCCUGCUCAAGCCCACCCGCGGGACUAAUUCUUCUGCUGCUGGGGGUCGUACUGGUGCUGGUGGUGGUGGUUCGAAGCGGCAUCGUGAUGGGGAUGGGGAGGAGGAAGGGGGGGAUUCGGGAUUCGAGUAUACAGAGGAUGGAAAGAUAGUUGUUCCAGAUGAGACCGAGGGGGGAGAGGGUGGUAGGGGUGGGGGGAGUGGGAGGAAAGGAGGAACCAGGAAGGGUGUGGGCGCAGGGGAGGAUGACGGAGAGGGGAAUUUGGACUAUGGGGUAAUGGAGGAUGAUGACGUGGCGAUGGGCGAUGCCAGCCUGGCAUCUGCGAGGGCCGCUGAGCUGGCGUUUGGCCGUCGUGUCCGCGGGGCGCGAGGUGCAGGAGGAGGAGGAGAAGGGGGAGAAGAGAGAGGGGGUGCUGGUGCUGGUGGUGGUGGUGGUGGGAGGAAAAAGGCCAAGGCCAAUUCUGGCCAGGCCAUUCCUUCUGGUAAGGAUAAACGUGGCGGGAAGAAGCAGACUGGUAGUGGUAGUGGGUGGUCUUAUACAGGGGAUGAAUAUGCCGCAGGCAGCGGGCGGCGUGCGGGCGGCGAUGUGAAGAAGGAAGGGAAGCUGGAGCCUCACGCAUACUGGCCUUUCAUCCCUCUAGCCCCCCUGUGGCGGUUCACAACACAGCUGGCUGUGUCCUGCCCUGCCGGCCCUCCUCGUAGGGCCACCUUCAUGGAUUCAUACACCAUUGUGUAUGUGAAGUGGAAGUACCAGUAG